AGAGCAAGGGAACAAAUGCUGAAAAUACUAAAUUUAAUUUUUUUAAUAUAUUUCGUGGAUUACCUUAGCUCUUUAAGCUUUGCUAAACAGGUUUAUGCGCAAUAUUACGGCGAUAUAAACAAUGCAAUAGAUGACGAUCUUAAAGAUAAUUAUAAUGUUGUCAAUCGUGAACAUAAUUAUGAGCAGCAACAAUCAAUGAAAAUGAAAUCGCGUCACAAUAAAGCCAGAGAUAGUGUUCCGCGAGGUAAUCGUUUUCAGACAGCUGCCGCAGUGAAUUCAGAUACCGAUGUGGAACGCGUUGUUAGUAUUAUGAACCAACAUCAGGAGCAAUAUAAACAAUUAAAUUUGCGUCAUAAUUAUAACAGUAAUCACAAAUGUCGAAUAUAUAUUCCUAACGAAGCCAUUAGCAAAUAUCCUUGGGCUAGUAUUGUCCAAUCGGAUAAAGCUAAUCAAUUAAUAUUGAUAGAGAUUUGUUGUGCUGGCUAUGGUGCAGUUCGUUGGCGGGGUAAUACUUUAUGUCGUCCUUUAUGUGAAAAUUGUCGCAAUGGUUUCUGUGUUCAACCCGGAGUAUGCCAGUGCUAUGAUGAAUUCGUAAGCAACGAAAACGGUGAUUGCGUUUUCGCUUGUCCUUUGGGCUGUUUGAACGGGCGUUGUUACUUGGAUGGGAGUUGCCAAUGUGAUCCGGGCUAUAAAUUAGAUGAAACAAGAAAAUAUUGCCGACCUAUUUGUAGUGGCGGUUGCGGUACAAAUCCCUUACAUAAUUGCACAGAACCUGAAGUCUGCAAUUGCAUCAAAGGCUACAAAUUAUCAGACAACGAUUGUCAGCCAGUGUGCCAGCCGGAAUGCGGCAUCGGCGGAAUAUGUAGAAAGCCAAACGCCUGCGAUUGCUUACCAGGAUAUACUCUCAAGGACGGUAUUUGUCAAGCUGUUUGUUACCAAAAAUGUGAAAAUGGUAUUUGUUAUAGCCGCAACCGCUGCAUUUGCAAACCGGGUUAUACCUAUCAUGAACGUUCUACACAGUGUAUACCUAUGUAAAGGAGAGCGAAACAGAAAAAGAACACUCUUGCUUUAAAUUUAUGAAUUUAUUAAGCUUAAUAUUGUACAGAUUUUAAAAUAUUUUAUAAAUUUUAG